UCCAGGAGUAUCCACAGAUUAUUUUAUUCAACAGCUCCGUCUGUUUCUGCUUUGGUGGAGGAUGGCUGUGAUGGCACUGAUGGCAGCCGUGAUAAUCUGUUUUGGAGUCUUUACAGGAUGCACAAUGGACUCUGCUGAGACUGGCUUGAACAAUGUCAUUCAACUGAACAUGGCUCCGAACUCUGUUGAUGACAUGUACGAUGGCUGCAAAGUGGAAAUGAAGUCCAAGGUGCUGAACGAAUUCUUGCAGAAUGAGAAAAACAGAGACAAAAACUUCAAAAAGGCAUGGGAACUGGCAAGGAAAAAAGAGGAAAAGAAACGUUCCACCACUCUGGGGAGAGAACAGGCUAUGGCUAUUAAUGUUUAUACUCGCGAGACACCCAAUAACUAUCUUGCUUUCAACAAUGCAGUUCGAACCCAGAAAAAUCAGUACAAGACCACAUUCAAAUAUCACACACUUCACUUCUUCCUGACUGACGCCCUUCAAACCCUCAACGCUAAAAAUUCUAAUGCAGAUAAAUGUCUCACUGUGUACCGCAGAACCAAAUGCCGCUUUAGCCAAGAUGUUCUCAACAAGGAGAUUCGCUUUGGCUCUUUCACCUCCAGCUCACUGGAAAAUUACCCCAGCUCCGCCAAAUUUGGAGACAAGUCAUGCUUUGAGAUUGUCACAUGCUUCGGAGCAAACAUCACAGAGUACUCUGUGCUCAAUGGGCACGAGAGGGAGGUGCUGAUUCCUCCGUAUGAAGUCUUUAAAGUGACACAGAUAAAUAUAACUAAGCAAAAGGAUCUUCUUCCAUGUGAGGUGGUGUACAAAGUGCAAAGCACAAGAAAAACUUCCAGUAUGAACUGUGCAUUUUUCCCGCAAGAACGUCUUCCAAAUACAAGGUAAAAUGACAAAAAGUAAUAUUUUGGGCAGCUCAUCUUGCUGUACUCUAAGCUCAGGGAGAAGAGAGAGGAGUGGCGACCCCUCUGUAUGAGAACUAUAAAGUCAUAGAGAUAAAGAAGAAUCCUGAUUUUUCUCCAUGUGAGGUGGAGCACAUAAUGAAAAGGACAAAGAAUACUUUGCCCAAUAUGAAUUAUGUUGUGACAUGUUUUACAUAAUGUUAACAAAACAUUGUAUAUUGCAAGUGACUUCAAUCAAGACUUCAAUCAAAACUUUACAAAUCAUUUGUUUUGUUUGCUACACACACCAUUAAUAUUCCAAUAACAUAGUAAUACCAAAUCAGAUUUAGAGGUUGAGCAGUCAGUGUGUUGAAGUUGUACUGUGCCACCGUUGUUAAAGACUAGAUUGUAAUGUUUGAUUUUGUUGUUGUUUAUUGUCACUUUCAUUGGAAAUUGGAUCCUCCUACAAUUUUAUCGUAUUUGUCACAGAAGAAGAAAAGCAUUAACCAGCCUCAUGUUCAACAAAUUGUACGUGUUUGUCAAAUGUUUUCACAGUUUGAUUUGUUUACUAAAAUACCUCAGUGUCCUCUCAUUGCUCACUGACAAAAUCCAAGUGGCAAAAGCUCUGAGUUGAUUAACAAGUUCAUCUGUUUAUCUGAGCCACUUACGGUUAACACUCGGCAUUUAAGCUGCAACUUGUAAUUUGGGAAUAUAAAUGAUCAAUAGAAUAAAUCAAAUGGUAGAUUGCAGUAAG